UGUCUUUUUAAUCAGUUUAAUCUACGUACAACUGCCGAAAAGUUGUAAAUUCUUUAGUAAUUUAUCUGAAAAAAGUGUAAACUUGGAUAAAAUGUCAGUUAGCUUUGUGCCAGUACCAGCGGGCAGCGAUUUUCCUCUGGAAAAUCUACCAUAUGCUGUCUUCUCAACCAAAACAAAUCCCACUCAUCGUCUGUGCGUUGCCAUUGGUGAGCAUGUGUUGGAUUUGAAAGCAGUGUCGCAUCUCUUUGCACCCACACUGCAGGCUGCACUGCAAGCAGAAACUUUAAACUUGCUGAUGAGCUUGGGUCACGAAGCUUGGGAUGAAGUCAGGACACAAACCCAAAAGCUGCUACUUAAGGGAUCCGAAGUGGAACAGAAUGUGGACUUGAGAAACAUUGCUUUGGUUCCUCAAUCGGAGAUUUCUCUGCAUCUGCCGGCUCAAAUUGGUGACUACACGGACUUUUACUCGUCCAUUCAUCAUGCCACUAAUGUGGGCAUUAUGUUCCGUGGUGCCGACAAUGCUCUGAUGCCCAAUUGGCGUCAUUUGCCAGUGGGUUAUCAUGGGCGGGCCAGCUCCGUGGUUGUCUCCGGUACGCCCAUCCGCCGUCCCUUGGGACAGACGCUGCCCGAGGGCGCCGAGAAACCAAUCUUUGGUGCUUGUAAGCUCUUGGACUUUGAGCUGGAAAUGGCCUUCUUCAUUGGCGGCCCUGGCAAUCAACUGGGUGAGCCCAUCAAGGUGAACGAUGCCUGGAAGAAUGUCUUUGGCUUUUCGCUAAUGAACGACUGGAGCGCCCGUGAUAUACAGAAAUGGGAGUACGUGCCCUUGGGUCCAUUUACGGCCAAGAAUAUGGGCACUACCAUAUCACCCUGGGUGGUAACAACGGCCGCAUUGAAACCAUUUUUGCUGGACAAUUUCCCACAGGAACCGGAAGUGCUGCCUUAUCUAAAACAGACUUUGCCCUUCAACUUUGAUAUUAAUCUGGAAGUGUCCUUGAAGCCUGCCAAUGAUAACGAGACUCUUAUCAGCAAGUCCAACUUCAAGCAUUUGUACUGGACUCCACUGCAGCAGAUUGCUCAUCACACGGUCACUGGAUGCAAUUUGCGUCCUGGCGAUUUGAUGGCUUCGGGCACAAUUAGCGGAGAGACUCCCGAUUCAUAUGGAUCGCUCCUGGAACUUUGCUGGCGUGGCACCAAGACCGUGGAGCUGCAGGGCGGCAAAACGCGUAAAUUCCUGCAGGACUAUGAUGAGGUCAUCAUUCGUGGACACUGCGAAAAGAAUGGACUGCGAAUUGGCUUCGGCACCUGUGCUGGUCAAGUGCUGCCGGCUCACCCUGUGGAUCAAUAGAAAUGUAAUUUACUUACCCAAAACAAAUGAAUAAAUGCUCCCUAACUG